AUUUAUGCCAUGAAACAAUGUUUGUAUUGUAAACCUGCUUUUCACAGAGUUCAAAUGGCGUGAACCAGUUUCAACAGACAGGUAGAAGCAUGUCGCCUUUCGGAGGUCCCCGUGAGAAAUCAAGUGUAAAUUGUGGGUGUAAACCGAUACAGAGACUGAAUCCUCAAUUAACGCCACUCUAUUAUAUGGUUCUGGGUAUAUUUCCCGGACAUCGGUAAAGUCGAGCUCUCUUACCUUUCGAAUGUUUAACCAUAACUGAAUUUCCGGCAAAUGGGCUGCCUUGAUUGAUUCUUCCAGUUUCUUGAGUGUGAGUCUAACCCGACUCAAUCAUCACUAUUAUCAUCGUCAUCAUCAUCAUUCUCUACGUCAUCAGAUAUUCAGCCACACAAGAAGAGCUAUGUACGAGAGUGCAUCAUAAACGUAAUUUUCGUUCUCAUAGCUUCAUUGUAUCACCAUUAGAGUUAACAUCAUCAAAUUUCAUCGCGGGCAGCCUCUUUAAGAUGGUAACAGACCGUCCAAUCGGAGCCCAGCCUGUGUUUAUAGAGUUUCGUCAUCGCUACAGUAAUUUCAUCUCCGACCAUUUUCUUACAAUCCAGUGACAAUACUAUGUUCAUGCUUAUGCUUAUGUUCAUGUAAAUUCUUCUCUACUUUUUUGCGUUUUCAUUAUCAUCACCAUCGUUGUCGUGACUAUUAUUUUUCAUGGAGGAGUGGGUUGGGGGAUGAAGUGUCCUCGGCUCAGUGUAUUGUACGCCGAUCACUUACCAAGUUCAUUUUUUCAGAAUAAACUUGUUAAUAAUGCACCCUUAGGAUAUUUUUCAUCGAUAAAUAUACACCGCAAGCCUUGAUUUAAUUUCAUAAAAAUUUCAACAAAUACUUUGAUUUUCCAUGAUAUAGACGAAUGUAAACAUAGAAAACGAAAUGAUUUAUUUCAUGCACGCAAACAUACAACUGAUUCCCACGUACAGCUGCAGCUGUAAAAAAUAGUCCCGGAUUUUCUCUUGAUUGCCAGAUUUAAAAUAUUUUAACUUCGGAGGGGAAAGAGUGAAAUUUUAUUUUAAUUUCAUAUCUGUAAACUUCAAAAUAACGUUUCUGUCAAUCUGCAAUUUUUUAAGGAGCAAUCAAAGACCAUUUUAGUUCUGCGUUUAAAAAAAAGCACUGUUCUAGUACUGUUUCUACAUUAAAUUUUGGAAUUUUCAUUUUGUUACUAAAAAUGUUUGAAUGCGUAAUAAUAUUUGCCAUAUUAUUUGAUAACCUGCUUUCUAUGACAUUUCUUGGCGCUCUUAGGGAAGAUUCGAUUCCGAUCGAUCGUUCCAAUUCCUGCCUUUCGCAAUUCCUUGUGUUCUGAUUGGCUCUGUGAUGUAAACUGACGUUUCCAUUGUCUGUUCUCAACAUUGUUUGCAUCAACAGCGUACAGUCGAAAUGGCCGAUCCAUAAUGUUUAAUAUCAGAACAUGGCGAAACACUCCUUCAAUUCAACCUUGAAAGAUGGACAAAUCGCUGGAUUAUACGACUUGCAAGAAACGCUAGGAUGCGGUCACUUUGCUGUUGUCAAAGUUGCGAGACACGUUUUUACGGGAGAACGAGUUGCUGUGAAAGUGAUCGAUAAAACAAAACUCGAUGAGAUCUCUAGAGCACAUCUCGUCAAGGAGGUUCGAUGCAUGAAACUCGUCCAACAUCCAAAUGUGGUCCGAUUGUACGAAGUCAUCGAUACGCAAACCAAACUGUACCUUGUUCAGGAACUGGGCGAUGGUGGGGAUAUGUAUGAAUAUAUCAUGAACCACGAACAAGGCCUCUCCGAAGACAAAGCUCGCCAUUAUUUUCAACAAAUUGUUCUCGCCAUUGACUAUUGCCACAAACUGCACAUUGUACAUCGGGAUUUAAAGCUUGAAAAUGUGAUAUUCUUUAAGAGUUUGGAUGUUGCUAAGCUAACGGAUUUUGGUCUUUCGAAUAAGUUCUCUCCCGGUCAAAAGCUUGAUACUUCGUGUGGAUCGUUAGCGUAUUCCGCCCCCGAAGUUCUACUGGGAGAUUCGUACGAUGCUCCAGCAGUAGAUGUUUGGAGCCUUGGAGUCAUUCUUUUUAUGUUAGUGUGUGGUCGUGCUCCCUUUUAUGAGGCAAAUGACAGCGAAACACUCAUCAACAUCAUGGAUGUUCGGUACAGUGUAUCUGGACAUGUAUCUCAGCCCUGUCAAAGCUUAAUUGAAAAAAUGUUGGUGAGAGAGCCAUACCAUCGCUGUUCAGUGGAGAGUAUUAUGGAGGAUCCUUGGUUCCAAGGGGGACAUCCGCCUGUACUUCCCACUCCUGUACCCUUGGUAACUGAACUACCCCUCACCCCUGAGGAACAUAAUUAUGUGGUGGAGAUCAUGGAGACUGGAAAAAUUGCAAAUAGGGAGAAAGUUAAAAAGUCCCUAGAAGAAAACGCAUACGACCACAUAGCGGCCACUUACUAUUUGCUAGCGGAGCAGCUCUUAAGGCGUUUGAAAACAUCCCAUAAUAGUUUGAAGCCCUCUGUUCGAAGGAUCGAUGCGCGGCGAUCUUUGCCUGAGAACAAGCGACAGGAACCAACAGCAAGUUCACCAGGCUUGGAAUUAAAAGGAGAUCAAGAGGACGAUUUGGGAACUCAGCUGGAUGGUAGUAGUUCAGGCUCGGGAUCUCCGAGGAUUCGUCGCAUUUCUUCUGGGAGACUGGCCCCAAGGGAAGGACAAAUGUUGAAUGAAACGAUCAAAACUCACGCCAUCGAGGCGGAAGAAAUUCUGCACAGUUCUAUGGAAGAAGAUGACCAUGUAGCUUCCGGAAGUCAUCACAAAACACAUGGAAAGUUUCACACAGUGGGCGCGCUUUCAAACAAACCUUGCACUUCAACGAACUUACAGUUUUCCACUGAGAUCACACCCAGUUUACCGUCUCUGUCGCGCCCGCACGAAAGGAGAAUUGUUCAUCACAAUAGGUUGCGAAAUUCAAACAGUGCUCCUUUAUCUUUGAAUCAGAUUCACGAGGAACGCGAAUCGGAUCUUGAAGACAGUCCGGUGAACUCACCGCGAGUUGAACGGACAAGAAAACAUCUCGGGGGAGGGGUGAUCAAAUCUAAAAGGACUACACGCCGCCUGUCCCCAGUGCCCUCAGGAAGCAGCCGGCGCUCUUCUAGUUGCAGUAGUUCGGACGAAGAUGAGAUAGAAAAACACAUGCGUAGGCUAAAAACUACUUCCGGUUGUAAAUUGAAUACCAGGCGCUCUAACAAUGACGAUGGCAACACGGACGGAGAUAGCGGAGGGGGGACUGGAGUUGGAGGAGGCAAUAGCCUGCGAACCACAUACCCAAUUCCCUCGGUAAAUGGUGCGAAUGGAGAGAAAUCUUCGGGUAAAAAUCCUUCUUCGAAACAGGGUAAUAAUGGGAAAACGAGUUGUUUGAAUGUGAAUAUGGGUGUAUUUGCACCCCUUUGCGAAGAUCUUGAUGUUAUACAGGAGAGUAACAAAGAAAACGUCGAUAGAAAUGUGGAAGAACAGGUGAAUCAAACUAAUGCGGAGAUUCACAACGGAAAGAGAAGUUCACUCAUCGAAGAGUACGGCGUUCUGGCUUCUAAAGGAGAAAUGUCGGAGCAAGCUCGAAGCAACAGCUUUUUAGAGAAAAGAAACAGCGCAUCGAAGUACAUUAAGAAUAACGAUGGGAAUGGAGAAUGCGACAAAAACGAACCCAACUCGCUGGAGGGCGUGGUUAGUAUAGAACUCACAGACAUGAGCCUGCAGUCUAAGGAUACCAAGCGGCUAGUCGACGAAUCCAAGAAAAAUAUGAGUUUGAUUCACAACCCAGCAAUUCAAACGGUGACGAGUAACUGUUGUCAAAUAUUUUGAUCUAUUUUAUUGUAGUUCUCUAUGCAUACGCUUAUGUAGUUCUUAUAUCUAUGUUUUCGGAAAGGGUUUGAUUGCAAUGUCAGCAAAUCUAUUUUGAAUCUGAUGAAUUUUUGGGGGGGGAGGGAGAAAGGAUUUUAUUUACUUGUGCAUUUUUUCCUUUUCUUUUUUUCUUUUUUUUUCAGUUCCGCGUAUGGUGAUUUAAUGGAAUAUGCAAACGGCGAUGACUUUUCUCUGAAGUGAUUUGAUUUAUAGGUGAAGAUUAAAAAAGUGGCCUUCAUUCUAUUAAUAUUGGGGCAAUCUUGCAACGGCAAAUAAUUUUUCAGGUUCUUUUCUUAAAUUCUUAGAAUUAAUGUUUCUGGGAGGCACUUUAUUUCGUAUUCACGUGAGGGUCUUUACGGCCCAUAAAGCAAACACAAACUGAAAACGUUUUUAUUGAAGUAUAGAUCGACUCUCGAUGGAAGUGAAACUGUUUCUACCGCUGGCUUUAAAGUUCAAUUCUGAAGAGUAUAAGGAAUGAUUUUUAUGGUUUUUGCACAUUUCAUUGCCCCUGUUUAGGUGAACGAAUGCCCGCUGGACGCUGUGGGGGUGCUCAUUAAGUUAAUUUGCCUGAGAAGGCUACAAAUAAAUUAUUUACUUGUUUGUAUUGACUUGAAAUUUAUCCGAUGGAGUCUUAGAAUUGACAUCAAUUUCUCAAAAGGUAGAUUGGUGUACUGUGGUUUUGGUGCAAAACAUUGGAUAAAUUGUUUGCCAUGGUAACAAAGAAAGUGGGUGUCAAUUAAAUUUUUUAUGUCAACUUCUUUUUUCUUUUCGAUGACAGCGACUUUGUACUUGUAAAUUACGAGUGAGAUUGGUUUAUCAUUAUUUAAAUGAUCAAUGAAAUUAUCUCCCUUUGGAAAUCACAAUGCCGAGUUACUUUCGAAGCUGUUCACAUGGUGAUUGAGCUUUCGGAGAAUUUAUUCCGUGCAUUGUAAUGUUGUUCAAAUCUCCUUAUUCAGCUAGUAUUCCUGAGUAGGGUAGUGCGAAAAAAAAGUGCUUCGAGUUUUUUGAGUCUCAAAACAAACUAUAAUAGGGGCUUAUUAUUUUAAAGUGCUCUCAUUGCGUUUGGUUUGUCAACGUAAAUGCGACACCGCAAAGCGAUUUUGAUGGAGUGAAGAGGUAAUCAAAGACAGCACUGCUUUUGUCUUGCGAUUUAUUGAUUAGGGAAAAAACCUCUCGCCAUCUUUUCAAAUGUCAAACUAACUUUGACAACUUUGGUUCUAGUUUCUCGAGCCUUAGUUGACCAGCGCUCUCGCUUUUACACCCCAAGUAGCUAGCACUUUGUCAGUCAGUUAAACUACAUAAAGAAAACAGCUAAAAGCGUGAAAUAUCUGUUAAAUGACCAGAUUAAUUACGUUUUUAUUCAUAGAAUUAUGUGACGCGAUUCCAUGAAGAAAUGAUUUCCCAUCAAAGUGUAAACCUUUUAAAUUAAUACGCGAGAAAUAUUUAGAGCAAUGCCUUAGUAUAUUCUUUUACCUUUUAAUCUGAAUGACAUCUAUCCAUAUAAAUAUAUAUAUAUAUGACCAGUAUUUUAAGUUAUUGAACAGCCUUCUCAUAAAAUGGCAUUUAUUGUAUCUAUGAAAUUUAUAACGUGUUAUGAUUAAGUGCCCUUUGGUAAAGACGCAUUUAAACAAAUGUCAUAAAUACAACUGUGGCGUCAGUA